UCGUAUUCCACAUAAACAGGAGACUAGGCAUGGCGAAACGUAAAGCAAGUUCCGUAGUUGGAAAUACUCCAAAAACAAAGAAGUCCAAACAAGAAAUUAAGCUACAACCAGUAGUUUCCUCUGACGCGCCAGUUAUAAGACAGAAAAAAUGGACAAACAAGCAAAGAGUUUUGGUGUUUUCUUCAAGAGGAAUUUCCUACAGGACACGACAUCUGAUGAAUGAUUUGCGAACACUGAUGCCCCAUUCUAAAGCUGAGCCAAAAAUGGACAGAAAGGACAAGCUGUUUAUAAUCAAUGAGAUCUGCGAGAUGAAAAACUGUAACAAGUGUCUAUACUUUGAGGGCAAGAAAAAACAAGAUUUAUAUUUAUGGGCUUCAAAUGUCCCAAAAGGUCCAUCAGUAAAAUUCCUUGUAGAAAAUGUUCAUACAAUGAGUGAGUUGAAACUAACAGGAAACUGUUUAAAAGGUUCUCGUCCCCUCUUGUCAUUUGAUCAGAAUUUUGAUACAGAACCUCAGUGGCAGUUGCUUAAAGAACUGUUUGUGCAGAUAUUUGGUACACCUAAUCACCACCCAAAAAGUCAACCCUUCUUUGAUCAUGUGUUCACCUUCUCCAUACAAGAUAAUCGCAUUUGGUUUAGAAAUUAUCAGAUUCUGGCUGAAGAUGGUUCACUAGCUGAAAUAGGUCCACGGUUUGUUUUGAAUCCAAUUAGAGUUUUUGCUGGGAGUUUUGGAGGUGCUACACUUUAUCAGAAUCCUCACUACAUUUCACCCAAUGAUUUCCGUCGGGUCCUGAAGCAUCAGAAGGCAGACAAAUAUGUUCACAGAGUUGAGGCUAAAGUCUCUCGCUUGCAGCGCAAACCUGAAUUUUCCUACCAGUUAGAUACCACAGAUGAAGUUUUUAAUACAAUAACAGAAGAUCAACUAAAGAAAUAGCUUUUGUUUUUGACAUUUGUACAAUAAAUAACUUAAUAA